AUGCGGAUUGGCAUACUUGGAAGAAACAAUUUGGGCCUGAUCGAUGGUAGAUGCAGAAAAGAAGGUUUUGGUCCAAAUCUUACUGAUCUAUGGGAACGUUGCAAUGCAAUUGUCCUUUCAUGGAUCAUAAACUCUGUUUCGAAAGAGUUAUUGAGUGGUAUUGUGUACUCUUCUGAUGUUUGGGCUGUUUGGAGAGAUCUUAAAGAGCGAUUCGAUAAGGCUGAUGGAUCAAGGAUCUUUCAAUUACACAGGGAGAUCGCAAUGAUAACUCAAGGAACGAGUAAUAUCUCUGAGUAUUUCACUCAUCUGCGCUUACUCUGGGCAGAAUUUGAUUGUCUAGCUCCAUUCCCUGGGUGUACUUGUAAAAAAUCCAGAGAUUUUGGAGAGUCUAUGACUAGGCAAAAGAUCUUACAGUUUUUAAUGGGACUUAAUGAAUCUUAUAAGCAGGCUCGAGGUCAACUUUUGAUGUUAAUUCCUCCCCCUUCGGUUAAUCAAGCCUAUUCCAUGAUGGUUGAAACAGAAAGUCAAAGGAGUAUGACUCAUGUUAUUGGUCCAAUGAUGAACAUAGAUAUUGCUGCAAUGGUAUCUGGACGUAAUUCUCAUCCUCACAAGUUCAAAAGAAUUGAAAAGUUCAGUGUGAUUACUGCAACAUGA